AUGAGAAGCUUGUUGAUAAUUUCGACUUUUUUGGCGACCGUUGGCGCAUUGUUUUUGAGUGGCGGUGGAGGAUGCGGGUGUGGGUGAGUUAUUGGUUUUUUGUGAAGAGGGAGACAAAGCAUUUUUCUAAUUUAUUUGAAUCAGUGGAAUUAUGCCUUUCGGUCCAAAGUACACUUCAAGGAAGAAUCAGAUGUGAAACUCUUUUAGUACAAUAAAAGUUCCAAAAAUGUAUGAAUCUAGUUUUUUUCUUCCAGAAGAUUUAGAUUCCCUUGUUGGUCUUACAUUGUUUGUAGGUAGAUUAUAUAAAUCUGGUCCCGAACACAAUCAUUCAGAGCCCUCAAACUUUAUCUCAAGAAUAUUUUUUCCAGCGGUCCAACAUUGAGUCUUUGCGGUGGUUGUGCUCCUCGUCGUAUUCCAGCUCCAGCCUUCCAACCUCCCCCACUUCCAGGUCCACCCCCACCACCUCCCCCAUGUCAAUGCCCACCAAAAAGUUGUAUGUCUUGCGCCCCAGCCCCUUCAAGUUGUGGAUGUGGCGGGGGAAAUGGUUAUGCUAGAGGUGGAUAUCAAGAUGAUGAAGACGAUGAAGAAUAUUCGGAAGAGGAAGAUGAUGAGAAAGAAGAAGAAGAUGAGGAAGAAGAGAGACGACGACAAAAGAUCAGAAAAUUCAAGCAUAGCAAAAACUAG